GUCUGCUCAGUUUGGCCGCGGAGGAGCCCGAACGAGUCUUUCCCACAACACACAAAGUGGGACCAGGUCGAGUCCGAGAAAACCCAAGGACACGUGGACCCGGUCUGCCUCCGCGCGCCGCGGCUGUUCCGGAGUCUUCCGCCUCUCGCGGGGCGUCUUGUAGCGGAGAAACAACACCGGAUACGAGCGCUGCCGCCGCCGCCAGGAUUUCCGCCGUGAAGCCCGGAGGGGGAGAAGGUUCCUAUGGCUGCCUGGGCCACCGAGAAACGGCAUGUAGCAGCGAGGUGUGCAGAAUGAGCAGCUGCCUGUCAUGAAGAAGCGAGGGAAGAGGCUGCUGCCGGCGGAGGAAGAGGAGGAGGGCUUGUGCUGCUGCGAGUAUGUGAACAGACACGGAGAGCGCAGCCAUGUGGCGGCCUGCUGCUGCGACUGUGAAGACCUGGAUGAUGCCUGUGACAGGUUUCUGAAACGGGAGCCUCAGAAGCCUGAAUCUCUGUCCCAGGUGACUUCCGUCAUAUCGGACCGGAUCCGUAUCCCCUGGCUGUGGGGUGGAGCCCGAAGGCUGGAGCUGUCCAUCAUCCCCCCUCUCGUCCUCCUCCCCGCCCUGCUGCACCUGGCGGCUCUCCACUUCCUCCUCGGCCUGGUGGUGCUGACCGCUCUCCCCGGCUUGGUGCUGUGGUACUACUAUUUCACCCACCGCAAGAAGGGCCGGACGCUCUUCUUCCUCAGCCUGGCCUUGUUCUCCCUGGGCUACAUGUACUACCUGUUCGUCACCGAGGUGCUUCCCCGCGGGGACGUCGGACACGUCCAGCUGGCGGCGGUGAGCGCCGGGGUCGUCCUCACGCUGCUCGCUCUCGCCCACACCAAGAGAGGCCCCGGCGUCGUCCGGCCGAACCCGGAGGACGUCCACAGCACCGUCACCUACUACAGCCCGGCGGCGGAGAGAGACUCCUCCGUCAACGGGGGGAGGCAGGAGGUGACCGUGACGGUGGCCAGCCGGGCGGGGCCGUCGGAGCAGGCGGAGGUGGAACUUAAGGAGACGAACCGAAGGAACUGGUGCACGGCGUGCCGGGUGGUGAGGCCCCCGAGGGCGGGGCAUUGUCGGAUCUGUGGCGUCUGCGUGCUGCGUCUAGACCACCACUGUGUCUGGAUAAACAGUUGUGUGGGGCAGGCCAACCACCGCAGCUUCCUGCUCACGCUGGUCCUCUUCCUGCUGACGUCGCUGUACGGCAUCAGCCUGGUGCUGCAGAGUGUGUGUCCGCGGCAAAACCUCCUCACAGCACUGCUCUACUGCCCGGGAGUCUACAACCAGUACAGCACUGCGCUCUGCUUCACCUGCGCCUGGUACAGCAGCAUCGUGACCGGCGGCCUGCUUCACCUGCUGGUGGUCCAGGUCGUCAACAUCAGCUACAACGUGACGGAGCGCGAGGCUCGCGUCGCGCUGCGAGAGAAAACGGCCCGCAGUGCCUUCUGGGGACUCAUCGUGGAGACUGGCGUCUACUCUCGGGGUUUCCGUGGAAACUGGUCAGAGUUUAUGGCCAUGGGAGACAAGCUGAGCCCACCUUCUCCUGCUGAUCUGGUGUAAGAAGAGACUAUUAUGUAACUGACUUUAAAAAAAAAAUUAGACAUGGGGGUGGUGGGGGUUACUGCUGUUGUUCUGAUCAUCUCCACUGGAUGGCAGCAUCGCUCCUCAAAACUGGAUUCAUCAGAAAGCGACCCCCUUCUGUUGGCUGAAAGCUGUCAGCACUUCUCAGCUCCGUUUUAACGUCAGCCGUGAAGAAGCACCGACUUCGUCACUGAGCAAUAAGACACAGACUCUGAUGAGAUACAUUCACCGCCAUUAACGUGGCUGACAGCUGGCCUCUCGUCCACACAGCUGCAUCCACUCUGGCUCAUAUUCACACACACACACACACACACACACACACACAUAGACGCCGUCUUGCACCACGCUCAACAGUCGUCUCUCUUUACUUCACAAUGGACGCCGAGCGCUGACCUUGUGUCUCCUCUACGUUCCAGCAGAAGCUG